AGGUCUUCGGCUGUGCCUUGUUGCCUUUGAGGUCCAGUGGUCCGGCCUCUGCUGCUGCCACCUCCUGCAUCUUUACAUCUGGACUCCAGUGCUCCUGCAUCUGUUAUUGCCUAUGCCUUGGUCCCUGCUUCCUUCUGCUUCUGGACACCUUAUUCCGGCUCUGUGCUCCCACCCCGGGGCUCCCACCUCGGCUUGGUCACAACCCACUGCACGCAAACAAGAGGAAGCCACCCCAGCUGGCCAGCUCCCUGCGAGGACAAUGCUGAGGAAGGCAGGAGGGAAGAGGGCUGGCGUGGGAGGCCAAGCCUGAAGACAGGUGAACCGGCCGACGAGGAAUCCUCCCUGCCGUGGGGAGGAGGAGGAGGAGGUGGCACACAUAGAGAGAGGCGUCGGGAGGAGCCGGCCGACUCUGUGGAGGUGGAUCGCAGCCCGGCGGCGCGCCUCGAGCCAUGGCUACGAAUUUCAAUGACAUCGUCAAGCAAGGCUACGUGAAAAUGAAGAGCAGGAAACUGGGGAUUUACCGGCGUUGUUGGCUUGUGUUCCGGAAGUCUUCCAGCAAAGGCCCACUAAGGCUAGAGAAGUAUCCAGACGAGAAGUCGGUGUCUUUACGUGGGUGUCCGAAGGUCACAGAGAUCAGCAACGUGAAAUGCAUCACCAGGUUACCCAAGGAGACAAAGCGGCAAGCCGUGGCCAUCAUCUUCACUGACGACUCAGCUCGAACGUUCACCUGUGAAUCUGAGCUGGAGGCUGAGGAGUGGUACAAAACACUGUCCGUUGAGUGCCUGGGGGCACGGCUCAAUGACAUCAGCCUUGGGGAGCCAGAUCUGUUGGCCCCGGGCGUUCAGUGCGAGCAAACAGAUCGGUUCAACGUCUUCCUCUUGCCUUGCCCCAACCUGGACCUCUACGGCGAAUGCAAGCUGCAGAUCACCCACGAGAACAUUUACCUUUGGGACAUGCACAACCCGCGCGUCAAGCUCCUCUCCUGGCCCUUGUGCUCGUUGCGCCGCUACGGUCGAGACGCCACACGGUUCACCUUUGAGGCUGGCCGGAUGUGUGACGCGGGCGAAGGGCUAUAUACCUUUCAAACCCAGGAGGGCGAGCAGAUCUACCAACGGGUCCACAGUGCCACGCUGGCCAUCGCCGAACAGCACAAGCGCGUCCUGCUGGAGAUGGAGAAGAACGUGAGGCUGUUGAACAAAGGCACAGAGCAUUAUUCCUACCCCUGCACGCCCACCACUAUGUUGCCGCGUAGUGCCUACUGGCAUCACAUCACCGGCUCACAGAACAUCACGGAGUCCUCAAACUAUGGUGGUGACUCCUAUCCGGGACCCCAGGCCAGCUCAGAGACUGACCUCCUGAACCGGUUCAUCUUGCUGAAGCCAAAUCUUCCUCCCCCAAACGGAAAGAGUGACAGCAAAGACCCGAAAUCGGCUUCGCAGUGAGGCGGCCUAGCAUGGGGAGGAGAUAUAUAUAUAUAUAUAUAUGUAGAGAGCGAGGGGGAGAUGCUGGCUCAGUCGAAGGAGAGCACUCGAUUUCAGCCCUCAAGAUCUGAUUUCGUUGCCGCGGCUGCCUCUCCUGUCCUUCCAGCAGAGCUUUUUAAAGUUCGGGGACGGCUUGUUUCGCUGGAAAAGGAGGAAUGAAAAAAGAAAGGAGCAAAAUCUGCACGGAGGUAACUCUUGAGGAGACUGUCCGGGCAUCCAGGCGUUGGGACCCAACCGCGAGGCCCGAGACGAGGGUCGGAACCCUGAUACCGACGGAGGACUAGCUUUCUAUUGCUACAACUGUUUUAAAUAUAUAAUAUUGCUUAUGAAUAUUCUAUAUAUCAAGAGAUUGUCUCGCACGAAUGCGCAUUUCCUAGCCAUCGAGGGCAGGUUUUUAAAGGGUCGACGGACAGACUGCGUUGCUUUCCAUCCCCAGCCCUACUUAGGGAUGGGACCCCCUAGGAUAUGAACCGAGGGGGCACCAUCGGUGGGAGCAGAAAGACCCCGUUCUCCCAAGGACCAGAGGGGGCUGGGUUUUUGUCGGGUGUCCCAAAGGCCUUGUAGAGGCUUCCCGCUGACACAGGUCUCCUGUGGAGUAAACCAGAAGUCUCUCCAUCCAAGGCGGUCUUUGGGAAGGGGGGCGUAAAAUAAAUCUUCCUUUGCUGCCAACAGUCCUUGCUGAGGGAGGCAAGAAGGACUGAGCCUCAAAAGGAAGGAUGGAUCGUUUUUUAGGAAGUUUUGCAACGUCUUAACAUAGGACCCAGGUUGCAUUUCCCUGAUCUGUGGAUCGCUGUGAGGCCGAUUUCCUUCCUUCCAUCCCGACAUCCUCCCAUUGUAUGGGAUGGCUCAUCCUCCCCGGGUGGCUGGGACGGAUGGGAGUUGUUGUCCCUCUCCAAAGGCCAGUGGAGUCCCGUGGAUCCUUGAGGUUUCCCCUUUUCUUUCCAGAGGCUGCGACUCAUGCACAGUUUUGAGUUCCCCUCAGGCCUUCCAGGGGAAGAUCUCCCCCCUGCUCUUUCAGUGCCGACGGGGGCCUCGGAGGCCUGCCGCGCAGGGCAGGCAGCGAUGUGUUUCCUGGGAUGUUCCAUCAUGCCUGCCUGCUCUUCCUUGGCGAUAUUGACCACGGCUUGUGAGGUGGACGGGUUGACCUUCCUUUUUCCCAAAUGGGUGCCCGGUUGCCAAUGCAUUUGCACAAGUAAAAGGGGGUGGGGUUGGAUGGGAAAGGGGGGGGGCUGCCUUGCUGAGAAGGUUCAGGAGGCUCAUGAUGACCCACCGUUAAGGAAAUUUUGCCUUACUCUAAUUACACCCUGCCACACACCCCUUUCCCUUAACCUUUUGGGAAAAGGUUUGUUCUAAAUUUUUCCUCCAUCAGGAUGUUGUGGAGGGCAAAGCAAGGGCUGGGGUCUGCAUGCCCUGUUUCCCCCCCCCCACAGCUGCCAGCACCUUCCACCCAGGACCACCCUAAUUAAAAACAUAUUCCCCUCUUAAGAUGCCCAGUCAUGCUCUUUGGGGGGGGGCACUCUUGCACUCCAAAAUGCAUUGUCUAAGCAUCAAGGGAUCUUUUGGGUUUUUGCAUAAGAAAGGAAUUUCAAGGUGGGGGAGGAGGAAGAGGAAAUAACUUGGGAAAGGCCAUUAAUUUCAUUAAUUGAUUGGCUGUUUCAAGCCCCCCCCCCCAAA